AUUAAUUCUCGAUAUAAAAGAGUGAUCAAAAAGUUUUUAAAUUGUCACAAGUGUUCAAGUUUUCGCUAUGAACACUUUGAUCAUACUGUCGGCCGUCAUAUCGGCGGUGGUGGCCGUCCCAACCUAUGGUAACUACAGGGCACCACCCCAUGUCGAGCCCAAACACAUUAACUCAUACGUCGAACCGCAACACUUGCCGGUCAUCAGUAAGGAAGUGGUCGUCGCACACAUACCCGUCCAUCUCAAGGGACAUGAUGUGCCCGUGAGUGUCAAAUCAUACGCACCGGCCGUUUAUGCCAAGACAUAUGCCCAUCCAGUCAUCAAGACUAUUGCGGCUCCAGUGCUGACCAAGCCUUACAUCGAGCCCAUGCUUAUCGGACAUUCAGUGCCCAUACAAACUAAUUCAUAUGUCGUACCCAUUGUCAAGCCAUUUGUCUCGAAAUUACAUGUAGGACAUUAUGGUUACGAUAGUGCUAAAGGUGCUUAACUGGAAAC